UCUGACUUUUCGUCUUUUCUUCCGCAUAUGGAGUACACUUAAGAGUUAAGUCUAUAUAUUACUAACUACUUUCCUUAGCCCUUUCCAAUCUCACAGUGUGUUACUGUGCACUGACAUUAGAAAUGGGCACCGUCACAUUCUCUGCUUCCUUUUUGCUAUCAAAUUUCUUGCUAUUUUUGUUCUUGUACAAUGAAGUGGCUUUUGGUAAUGAGGUUGUUGAGUCCAAUAGGGAAACAUUGGAAAUUAUCAUAGGUGGUGGAGGUGGUGGCUAUAAUCCUUUUCCCAUUCUUGAAUGCCCUCCUCCUCCUCCUGAACCCAUUUGCCCUCCACCACCUUCUCCACCGCCACCGCCACCGCCAUCGCCACCGCCACCGCCAUCGCCACCUCCACCACCUCCUCCUUCGCCACCGCCCCCUCCUCCCCCAUCGCCUCCACCGCCUCCACCGCCACCGCGUCCUGACCCCUACUCGAGAUUAAACGCGGCCAACAUAGUACUUCAACGCUUCAAAAAUAGAGUCAAGGAUGACAAAGGCUGUACAAAAAACUGGAAGGGCAAGGACCUAAAAGUAUGCAACUUCACUGGCAUCGCCUGUGCCAAUUAUCCAAUAUUGGACAAGAAACUAGCGGUUGCUGGAAUAGACUUCAAUGGGUGUGGGCUCUAUGGUGACAAAAAAAACCUUCUACUCUCUGAUUUCGUUGAAGAGUUAAAAGAACUAACAUUCUUCCACGCAAACUCCAACAAUUUCACCGGUGUCAUCCCAAAAGAUAUAACCAAAAAUCCGUUCUUCUACGAGCUGGACCUUAGUAACAACCAGUUAACUGGCAGUUUCCCAUAUGAAGUUCUUGCUGCCACAAAUUUAACAUUCUUGGACCUCCGGUUUAACAAUUUCCAGGACAAGGUUCCACCUCAAGUGUUCAACUUAGACUUGGACGUACUGUUCAUCAACAACAACAAAUUUUACGAUACUCUUCCUAGUAAUCUUGGCAACACGCCAGCCCUUUAUCUCACUGUCGCCAACAACUUGUUCAAUGGGCCAAUCCCACAAAGCAUUGGCAAUGCUAAAGACACUCUGGUUGAGGUGCUCUUCUUAGGCAACAGACUCAGUGGGUGCUUGCCAUAUGAAAUUGGGUUUCUGAAAAAGGCCACAGUUUUCGAUGUGAGCUUCAACUAUCUAUCGGGUCCAAUACCACUCUCAUUUCAGUGUUUGUCCAAAACAGAGCUGCUUAUCUUGGCUCAAAACCAGUUCUAUGGGGAGGUUCCUGAGGCUGUUUGCAAGCUGCCUAAUUUGUCAAACUUCUCCUUAUCAUACAACUACUUCACUCAGGUUGGUCCUAUAUGCAGGAAAUUGAUCGACAAAAAGAUACUUGAUGUAAGGAUGAAUUGCAUUCUAGGCCUUUUUUAUCAGAGAUCAGAGGAAGAAUGUGCUGUAUUUUUCUCUAAGUACAAGUACCACGCUUGCCCCAAUCCGCUGUCCUUGAAGAAAGUUCCAUGUGCUACAAAUAAUCAUUAUUCAGGUUCACUUGAUGCCUCUGAUAAUCAACCGAUUGCUGUAGCUCCUUCACCAAGAUCCUAUGAUACUCUUAUACCGCAUAGGUUGUGAUUUUCCUCCUCUAAAUUGAUUUAGUAAGGUAGAGUCAUGAAGGGCCUGUGUAUUAUAUUUGCAUAUGUUUGUUAUUCUCUAAAUAUUUGUUAAAGUUAUAAAUAAGCAAUGGGCAUCUUGAUCACCUGAUCAGAUGCUAAUUGAUGUAGCUAGUGUAGCACUGAAUAUCGUCGAUCAUAAAUUGGAUUCAUCACAUUGUGUUCAAGAGGCUGUUUCAAUGCGUAUUGCUUAUUUCAUACUUUGCUUA